AUGAUCAUCUACGUGCACAGUUUUAUUGAGUGUGGAAAUUGCUUUUAUCCUCAUCUUUUCCUUUUUAUUUUCAGUUCUUCACUCAUCAUUCUUUAUCACAAAACAUAUGAUUAUAAUAAAAGAGAGCUAACAUUGUACGUUUACCUGCAGUUGACUGAGGAAUUGAACCGGGAAUAUGGGAUCCCGGAAGAUGCGUCCGCCAAGAUAACGGCCACGUAUCUGAAGCAAUUUAGAAAGUGUCCCGACAACGCAACUCUCACAUUGGAUGCUUGGCGUACCAUCCUCUGGAACAAAGCAUUGGGCUACAAGUAUUCGCAUCUAGCAAAAAAAAUUUACGAAAGAUGGCUCUAUUUAAGAUAUCACUACAUGAUGCUGGCGCCAAACACAGUUUCUAUGCUGCGUCAAUUCAGGAAGAAAUAUCUGCUGGGUCUAAUCACCAAUGGACCGUCGAAUGCUCAGUGGGAGAAGAUACAGAAGCUGUCAUUGAAACAAUACUUUGAUAUUAUCCUAGUAUCCGGUGAUCUGCCGUGGGAAAAACCAGAAGCAGAAAUAUUUCAAAAGGCGUGCCAUUUUCUUAAAGUAAGACCCGAGGAGUGCAUCAUGGUCGGUGAUAAGUUGGAGACUGAUAUUUUAGGUGGAAUCGAGGCUGGACUGUACGGAACUGUAUGGAUACCUACCACGGAUAAACCUCGUCUCUCGGUGGACGAUCCUAAACCAGAUUUUACAAUAAGAUACAUAACAGAACUCCUCCGCAUAUUGGAGAGAGGUCCAAAUGCGCCGGAACUCGAAGACUGUUCUUCAAAUGGAUCUGAUGGCAGCUAA